UGUAACAACCUGUGUACACCCACCAGCAGCUCCGUCUCAUCAGCUGUUGGAGGAUGUUGCCUCGGAGGCAGAUAUGAUGUAAUCUAACGCUUCAGUCCCAAACCAGGGGGGGAGACAGACAGGGAGGCACAGAGCUGGAAAACAACCGCACCACACGGAUGGACCUCGGCUGCUCUGCUACUUCAUAAAAAGAACCAACAAACACUUUCAUCGAGCGGGUUUUUGGAGGUUGGUGGUUGGAGAAGGAGUCAUGUCGCGGAGGUUUGUGCCGACUAGCCGACAAAGAGGAUGCUGGAUGCGGGCCAGCAGUAGAAGCAGCACCGGCCGGGGAUGCUGCUGGUGAACUUGACUCCCCCCUCCUCCUCCUCCUCCUCCUCCUCCUCACAUCAGCUGUAAUUAACCACCAUGGCUCAGGAGUCCUCUGCUGCUCCAACAUCCUCCGUGUGAAAAUGGCCCGCACUCCGCCUCCAUCGGUCCGCCCUAGCUGUCGCCUUUUCGCCCGUGAUGAGGAGGAGGACGCCCGCUUCAGAUUUCACCACUCGCAGGGGCCUUCAUGCUCGCUAUGGAUCAUGCUCUAAAGCGGCUGAUGUGACAUUUUUGAGCUGUUAAUUUCGCAAAUUACACCCCUUUGCUGCCGGCAUCGAUUUCUCUUGCAGCGGAUAUAUAUAUAUAUAUAUUUUGGAGCCGGGAGAUGGGCCGCGUCCCCUUCUGCUGCACCUCGCUGUUGCCCUGCUGGGAUCUGAUCAUGCUUUCCUGAACCCUGCUUACCAUAAUGGCUCUGUGACAUCUCGCUAAACUUCAAAUUGUCCUGUUUUUGGUUCUUCUGGGGCAUUUUUUCCAGCUUUUUUCCCUCCCCUCGCCUCCACCGGCCACCCUGCAGAGCUGUGUCCAUGCAGUAGUUGCCCUGCGGGGGGAAAUGAGCAGCCUCCAUCCCUCCAGCAGAAGCCUGCCCGCUGCUCCUCCUGUCCACCGUGUGGUCCUGUGACAUCAGAGGGGUGUGGAGGUCCUGACAACCAUAAAACGUGGAGACGUGGUGGGGACGUUUGCCUUUCCAGCUCAGGUUUAAACCAUGGCCAAUGAACCUGUCAUCCUUAACGUGUAUGAUAUGUACUGGAUCAACGAAUACACUUCCAAUCUGGGCAUUGGAGUCUUCCACUCAGGCAUUGAGAUUUAUGGCAGAGAAUUUGCAUACGGGGGUCAUCCAUACCCUUUCAGUGGCAUCUUUGAAAUCAACCCUGGCAAUGCUGCUGAACUGGGAGAGACAUUCAAAUUCAAGGAGGCCAUUGUUUUGGGCACCACAGACUUCACAGAGGAGGACAUAGAUAAAAUCAUGGAGGAGCUUGGUAAAGAGUUCAAAGGCAACGCCUACCAUCUAAUGCACAAAAACUGCAACCACUUCUCUUCCUCGCUGUCUGAGUUGCUGUGUGGACGGGAGAUUCCUCGCUGGGUCAACAGACUGGCGUACUUCAGCUCCUGCAUCCCGUUCCUGCAGAGCUGCCUACCCAAGGAGUGGUUAACCCCGGCCGCCCUGCAGAGCCACAUCAGCCUCGGCCUCCACAAAGAGGAGCAGAACGAGUCCAGUGACGAGGACCCUUCGUCCCCGUCCGGAGCGGCCGCCACCGGCUCCUCCCACAGCUGUCGCCACACGAGGGUGUGAACUGCCCCACGUACACUAACCUCUGGACCUUCCUGCCACCUCUGCUAGUGGCUCAAGUGGCAUUAGAAGGCUUGAUCAACCACCUGACCUCAUACUGUUUGUCCUCUGAGUAAAGAGGCAGGAAAAGAAGAGUUCCCUCUUCCUGAAAGGAGCUGCUGCCAGAGACUUCAGACCUACAGAGACCCUGCCCAUCCUUUCUACAGACAACAGGAUGACAAAGGCAAACUUUGACCUGAGCACUAAAGCGUGGCUCAGACUCAACAACAACCACUUGUCUGAUUGUAGAUCUGAAGUUUGUAGUAUGUUAUUACUCGUCUUUUCCAUGAACUUUUAAACCUUUGUCAGCCUUGUUCCCUGCCCUGCCUUCAGAGCUGCUUUUGUAGAAUAACUAGAACUAGACACCUGAGGCUACUUAUAAUGACAUUACCAGAAAACUGCUAAUCUGCUCAAUUUCAACAAGUUCUCGUUCAAUAACCUCAAUGUGGCCUUCAGUUGAUAUCGUUGACUCCACUUUCUUUGUGUGGAACAUAAGAAGUUAACUUUGGCCAUUUUAGAGGGUUAACCUGGUUAAAGAGGAGUUGAUUGUUCCCCCGAUGUCAGUCUGAACUGGUAAAACUUUUGCAUGUUGAAAGAAUUUGACAUCCAAGUAAACUGAGACGCAUCAAGUAUUCUGAUCACAUCAAGUAUUUUUUCCUCCUUUUCCUAAAAGAAAUGAUCUAUAUAUAGACGGUCGUAAACAAUCAUGGGCAAAUACUGUUCAGUUUAAAUAGUUGCUGUUCAGACAGCCUCUGGCAGCCCGGUCGCUAUCUGUGAACAGCUCAGAGACACAAACACAAAGAAAGUCAAGCUGCUACACUGACAAUUAUUGACUUUGUGACCCAGUACGAUUUUUGUCUACGCUUUUAUAUCCAAGUGGUCUUUAUAUUAUAACGGUGCGAUAACUUCCAGGCUUGGUGAUACUGGUCUUAUUACCUUUUUUCACCAUUAAACAGAUAAAGACAGAGCUGCCAUUCACAAAGAAAAUCAGUAUUCUGCUAUAAAUUACAGUAAUCCUUAAAGGAAUAGUUUCUACAUAUCGGGAAAUACACUUAUUUGUUUCUUGCUGAGUGUUAGAUGAGAAGAUCCAUACUCUCACGUUAAACAUGAAGCUACAGCCAGUUAGUUUAGCUUCUCUGAAACAGGGAAACAGCUAGCCUGGCUCUCUUUAAAGGUGGUAAAAUCUUCAUAAAAGCCCCAUGAAAGCUCAUUAUAUAUUGUUUUGUUUAGUCUAUACAAAAACCAAAGUGUAUAAGAACAGCACAGACUCCAGGAACUUGUUUUUACACAUGUUUUUGUGUGAUUAAUAACAAAUAAUGAUUCAUAAAAAACAAGAUUUUACAUUUUAAUUAGUACGCUUUAUUGGUGCUGGUAGGCUCUUCUUUAUUUUAACCCUUGGACAGAGCCUUGAUAGUUGUUUCCCAGUUUCUUAAAGCUAAACUAAACAACUGUCUGAAGCUUCAUAUUGAUCCCACAGACAUCUAACUCUCAGCAGGAAAGUAGGUAAGUGUAUUUCCCAGAAUGUCAAACUAUUCCUUUGAGACCAUACUUUUACGUUUGAUUUAUUUCAACUGUGAACUAAACUGUGACAUGUUUAUAGAUACAGAGCAUUUUAAUGAUAGUAAAAAAAAACUUUUUAAGAAGUCCUUCUGAAGUUUGGUUUGUCGUAGAAGAUCAGAAUCCCAUAAAGGAAAAAUAUGAUGUCAUAAAGUUAUUUGUAGUCAUUGUGGUUUUAGCAUACAUGCAGGUAAACAACCCCCUUAAUGACUAUUUCCCCCCUCGGAUACCGAUGAUGGUGGUAAUUAUGAUGAUGAUAAUGAUGAUGACCAACAUCGGCUCCCUCAUUUUAAUUCAUGCCGCUUGUUUUUUUUAAAAAAUGCAAACGCUCAGUAAACCAGGCCACGUGUGAUUUGAAUCUUUUCCCAUCCCUCCUGCUGUAGUGUGUUUAUGGACAGCUACCCUUUCUCAGGAAGGAAAUCACAUGACUUGUAAUAGUGGCAGUCAUCUCAUUCCUGCUCAACACCUUCAUAAAUGGGGUCGAAAGUGCAAAUUAAUAAUUUGACUUCUUCCUCGUGUUAUAAAUAAGCUAUAUUCUUUUUUAUUUUUGAUGUAGUCUUACAUUUCACCAAGUGUAUUGUGUUCAGAUUUUUGGUAUAUUUUGAGUCGACAGGAGCUGUGCAGUGAUCAGUAUCCCAUGCUCAAAAGUCUUUGGCACUUUCUACAGAGCAGACCAGACAGGUAUUUUUUUCUAUCGUACUGUGUCAACCUUAACCUUGUAUUUCCUUUUCCUAACCCAAGAUGAUUUCAAGAAUGAUG